CACCCUCUCCUCUCCUGUCGUGUCGUUUCGUAGACGACAAGCAAAACCCCCCCUUUCGAGUAGCCAAAAAAUUGCACGAAAAUAAUGUGCCAGGCAAGAUGAAGAGCGCCGUUAAGCCGAUUCACCCCAGAAGAGACGAGAAGAGCCGUCGGCCCAUGUCGGAGAUCGCACGCGAGCUGCGGCGUCUGAAGGCGCUGCCGCUGCGCGUCGAUGAUGAGGACGAGCGGCCAAAGGUGGCGGCGGUGGACAGGCCAGUGAAGCGACUGGAUCAGCUGGAGCCGCUCAGGCUGACCCGGCACCGGCUCACCCAGCUGCUGGUGCGUCCGGCCUUCGAGCAGGCGGUGCUCAGCUGCUUUGUGCGCGUCAACACGAAUGGUCUGAGCUCGGGCGAACGGCCCGAGCACCGCAUCGCCCAGAUCGUGGGCGUCGUCGAGCUGGCGCUGGGCUAUCUCGUCGACGAGAUACCCACCAAUCUGGCGCUGCGUCUGCGCUACAAUGGCGAGCUGGCGGCCCACGAGCUGAACGACAUUUCGAAUGUGGCCUUUACGCUGCCGGAGUUUCAGCUGUGGUACGAUUGGUGCGUCAACCAGGCCAUCCAGCCACCCACCAUCAGCCUGAUUGCGCGCAAGAAAAUCGAGCUGUACAAUGCCCUGCAGAGCGAGGCCAAGGCCCUGGCCCUCAUCAAGCAGACCUGCACCCUGACCAUGCGACCGCCCCAGCGCGGCGGCAUUCUCGAGCGGCACGGCGCCACCUAUCCCUGGCGCCUGCAGCGUCCGCCAGAGGCGACACUUGCCGUGGCCCCAGCACCAGCGUCGAUUCCGCAGGAGCAGCUCCAGCUGGAGUCGGAGCUGGAUGAGUCCGAGGCGGCUUGAACUGGCUACGAAACUCUGAUUCAGAUUUAAUUUAACCCCCCCCCAUGACCCAUAGCCCAGCGACACUUGCUCCACAAAUUUGUUUGUUUUAUCGUCUCGAAAUAAAUACAAUUCCGAGCCGGACUCAGAGCAAUUUACACUGU